AUGUCACAAAUUGCACGCUGCUUACGCUGCACAAAACCAUUCCUUCUAGCAAUUCGAGCAGCAUUGGUAUCAGGAAAUCAUUUCGAGAGAUUUGUUAACGUUUGCAACAGAUUACGUGGAGUGUUACAGUGUACCAGUCACGUACCCGGAAAAUGUUCAAAAGAAAAAGGAAUUGAAUCCUUACUAAACAAAUGUCAACAGAGAUGUCAAGCAACUCGUCAAGUACUUGGAUGGUUCCUAUACAGUUACAUUCAUUCCACUUUACCGUUUUCAGUGCCGGAAUCUGAUGUACCAGCCAAAAUAAAUGUGAAAUAUUUUAAUAAAAUAAGCAGCGAUGCUUGUAGCGCAUUGUCAUGUUAUAUGCAAUGCUUACGGGAGAAAUACAAUAGACGAUGUAGCGAUAUUGGUGGUAAUAUGCUUUUGGAAGUAUUAUUCAGGCCAUUGGUAUCGUUGCACAAGUCUUGGGCAUAUAGUCCGAUAGCUACAUCAAUGAUGCUAAUUAUGCCACAAACAUGUAACUUUCUUACAAAUUUAAAUCAAUUAAACAAUUACAGAUUGGAUGGAAAGACAUAUGCCAAAAUUAAUAAUGCAUUUCCGAAAAGUGCUAUAAAUCAAUAUGCCAAUCAUUUGCAAGGUUCUAAUUCGUCUGCUACUUUAUGGAUGCCACUUUUGAAAAAUAUACCAUCACCGCUGGAUCAUACAGAAUUUUCGAGUAAUCCAAUAAAAGUUUCAACACCAACAAUACAUAUUGAAGAAAUUGAGGAAGCAAUUGAAGAACUAAAAGCCAUCGAUAAAUUGCAACAAUUAAAAUUAUAA